UAAAGGUAAUCUCAUGAGUAGAGAUAGGCACUACAUAAAAAUAGAAACUUAUGCUGUAAGAUGUUUAACAUAGCCAUUUAAAAGCCAUAUUAACCUGAACUGUGGUCAUGAGCAAGACUUUGAACCUGGGAGAUACAAAUGUGAACAGACAAAAAGGGACGCUUACUGUGUAACAACAUGGGCUCCCAAGAAUCCUUACCAGAUCCCCCUGCACAGAUGCACCAUUAUUACAGCAAAUUUAUGAGGGAAUGUCCAUCUGGGCUGCUUAGUCUGCAUGAAUUCAAGAAACUUUUGGAUCUUCAAGGGUUGGAUCCACAGGGAGACCUAUACAUUAAACGAGUGUUUGAUAUCUUUGAUCUGAACCAGGACGGAUUUAUAGACUUCUUGGAGUUCAUAGCUGCAAUAAAUUUGGUUAUACGAGGGAAAAUUGACCAAAAAUUGAAAUGGUAUUUCAAGCUAUACGAUGCUGAUGGAAAUGGAUGCAUUGACAAAAAAGAACUCUUAAGCAUAUUCAGGGCAAUCCAGGCCAUUAAUGGCUACACCAACAUGAGUGCUGAAGAGUUCACAAACAUGAUAUUUCAGAAGAUAGAUGUGAACAAUGACGGGGAACUGACUUUAGAAGAGUUUAUCAAUGGUGUGGAAAAAGACGAGGACCUAAUGGAAUUAAUUACGAAAAGUUUUGACCUUUCCAACGUACUCAAAGUCAUACAGAAUGGCAGGAGAAACAGCGUCUGAAGGAUCCAGUCAUGGAGGUGGUGUCUGUUUCAUAAUUUCAAGGAAGACAAUGUUUGCUAUAUUCAGAGAGGCUGAUGUUGUCAAAGCCUGCCGGGCAAUACUGAGCAGCCUUCUCCAGGAGUAACAAUUUUCAAUUUUUUAAUAUAUCCUUUUAUUUUCUUUAUUCUUUUCCUUGCUAAUGACUGUGGCAGCCACAGGAAAAAAAAAAAACAAACAAAAACCCCACAAACAAACAAAACCCAAAACCAAAAAAACAAACAAAAAAACUGAAAAAAAAACAACAACUUUUGCCUGCAUAUAAUAGAAAAUAUAUUUGAUGCAGUAAAAGUCUCUAUGAUCUAGAUCUCUAUGAACAUGUUGUGGUCAAACCCUGGCUAGCUGCUCACUCACUCCAAUCUAGUGGGAUAGGAAAGAGAAUUGGAAGAGCGAAAGUGAGAUUAUCUGUGGGCUGAGAUAAAGACAGUUUAAUAUGGACAGAAAAUGCACACAGGCAAAGCAAAGCAAGGAAUUCAUUCAGCACCUCCCACAGGCAGGAAGAUGUUCAGCCUUCUCCACGGAAAGCACGGAUCUAUCAAGCAUAAGGGUGACUUGAGAAGACAAAUGCCAUCACUUUGAACAUCCUCUCCCUUCCUUCUUCUCACCCAGCUCUAUAUGCAGAACAUGUCUCCACAUAGUGUGGGACAUCCCUGUGGUCGUUUGGGACCCGCUGUCCUGGCUCUGUCCCCUCACAACUCCUUGUGCACCCCCAGCCCACUCAGUGGUGGGGUGGGGUGAGAAGCAGAAAAGGACUUUUCACUGUGCAAGUGCUUCUCAGCAGUAAUGAAAACAUCUUUGUGUUAUCAAUAUUGUUUUGGUCACAAAUCCAAAACAGUCUCAUACCAGGUACUAUGAAGAACUAUCCAAACUGAAAACAGCACGUUCUCUUCUGUUCAGACUAAUCGAUAAAAUAAUGGAAAUAAUGUAAACUGCAACUUUUCUAGAAGAUACAAAGUUAAUAAUUUUUUUUCUUUGUAUAAUGUGUUCUUUAACCUGCUAUCUAAAGUGUGGGCACAAACUUUUAGGUAGGACUGUGUUCUAUCCAGAUGAAUUAAGAACAAAGCCUGCUUUGUAUUAACCUAACAUUUGCUCUAAUCAGUACUCAAAAUUGGAUUAAGUUCUCUGGGAAACACUUCAGCUAGCUUAAUAUUCCCAAGAUGUGAUUCCUCCUUAACAAGCUCUCUACUACUCUUGAUUUUAUUACAUUUGUUAAUUAAAAUAAUGUGAUAUUUUGAUGUUUUUUCCAGGGCUCAGCCACUGUUAUUUUAAAUCAACCUUUUAUAAAAGUGUUGGAAUUAAAUUUUGUUGUCUUUGUAAAGCAAAAUUAGAAGUUCAAAGGAUAGUAAAACCCAAAUCAUUUUGUAAGUGCUCCCAGAGAUUUGUGUCCUUUGACUUUAUGUCCUCCUUUGCAAAAAAAAAUCUUUUUACUAGGCUCUUUGCCAGGGCUGUAUGAAACAAAAGGUUAUAGAUAUAGGGUUACUUGUACUUCUGCAAAACAGACAGCCUUUCCCUGACUAAUUUAGGUAUCUUUACCCUGCCCAAAUACCUUGGUGAAAGCUUUUAGCAAUGGAGUCUUUCUGAGAUUUCUACCUCCUGUCAAACUGGUUUGCAAUUGUCUCUGAAGGUGGUAGCCAGGACUGCAGGGAAGGCAUUUGCAGAUGGCAUGAUCACAUCUUUUUCAUUUUUUUAGGAAAGCAUGCUCAAAGCACAACCUUACUUUGUAAAUAACAAGACUAAUUCUACAAACUGGAAUGGCAUGAAAUGUGUGCGAAGGGAAAACUAUAGUUCUUUCGGGAUCUAUUAGCAUUGAUUCUCUCAAGUCUGUAACAAGUUUUAUCAAAGUACUAUAUUAUAUCAUAAGACUAAGUUCUCUUUGAGUGACAAUGCCCUGCAGGAAUCACACUAAUAUUAAUUACUGUUAGAAACUUCAGAAUUAAGCAAAAUAAUUUGUUGAAGGAUUGGUGCAAGUUGAACAAAAGAGUUAUUAAGACUUCAAUACAAAAGAGUUUUUCUUCAAAAUUCACUUCAAAUCCAUGUCCAUUUGCACAUGAAAUGUACUCCGUCAUCUACAGUUAUUAUCCCAGGUUCUGGUUGAUCAAUGGAAUAUAGAAAGAAUAUGCAACAUGCAUCACUUGACAUUAUAAACAAUUCCGACAUUAUAGUUCUGACACUUGAAUCUUUUACAACCUUAAUAAAAAAUAAAUAAAUAAAACUA